AUAAACAUCGUGUGCUGUGUUAAUUUAUGCUUAUAAAUAUUGUUUUGUUUAAAACAUGGAUGAUAUUUGCCGUCUAUGCUGUUCUACACAUUUUGUAAAUAAUUAUAUUUUUGACGAGGAGAACGCUUUAUUUUUAAAAAUGUCUCUAUAUUUGCCAAUAAAGGUGUUUAAAAAUGAUCGACUACCUCAGAAGAUUUGUGACAAGUGCAGUUGUAAAGUGAAUGAUUUUUACCAAUUCUGUAAUGAAACUAUUGAAGUUCAAAACAGAUUAAAGGGCAUUUUGUCAUCAUCAAAAAUAGUCACCAAUGAUAGAUUGGACUUCACAAUUAUAAAACAAAAUGCCAACUCACCACCUCCUCCUCACACUUGCCACCAGGGCACACAGACAGAACAGCAAGGAGACAUCAACAGUGAACCUAAAAUCAAAACUGAGCCAAAAACAUUACCACCGGAAAUUAAAAAGGAGUGUGAUUACUUUGAAAUAGAUGACUUUGCACACAUAGACAUACAUUCAGAUAACAGUGAGGAAGAGUUCCUUAUUGAUAUUAAGAAAAAGAAGAAAAGUAGAAAAGACAAUGAUGACACUAGCAAUGGGGUAAUAAAAGCUAAAAGAGGGAGGAAAAGGAAAACAAAACAAAGCGAGCAGGAGCUCGGUUCACAGUCUAUAGCAAAUGGACUCGCACUGAUCAGUGAGGAGUCUGGAGUCGAUUUAGAUCUCGUCAAGGAAGAGAUAGAGAUGAGGCCGCAGGAGCUGGGGAAGGUCUUAGAUAGUAUUCAAGGGCUGAAACCAGAGACUAGUGGCGAUGUAUUUUAUUGUUGCAUGUGCUUCGCCCAGUGCAGCUCGAGACUGGCAUUGUUGAAACAUUACAAAGAGCACGGACGCAAGUGCGAGGCGUCGCAGGAGCCCGCGCCGCCGCCCGCGCCGCCCGGCGACGCGUCGCGCUGCCUGCGCUGCCAGAAGGUGGUACCCGCGUCACAGUGGUCGGAGCACUGGCGGCGACACUUUGCACGCGACACGCAUCCCUUCCGCUGCGCGCUUUGCGAGGUCACCUACCGCGACCACCAUCGGAUACUGAAGCACGGUCUGACGCACGACGCGCACGAGCUGCGGCGGGAGGAGAGCUCGCGAGCGGCUGUCCCGCGCUUCGUGUGCGACGUGUGUCCGGAGGGGUUCUACUACAUGAGGUGCCUGCUGGCGCACCGCACGCGCGCGCACCCCGAGGCGGCGGCCCGCGCGCUGUCGCUGCGCUGCGGCGUGUGCGCGCGCAGCUUCGCGCACUCCAACUCGCUGCGGCGCCACGCGCGCGUGCACUCGGGCGAGCUCAACUACCUGUGCAACGUGUGCGGGAAGGCGCUGUCCUCGCGCGAGCACCUCAAGUUCCACAUCCGCAUCCACACCGGCUACAAGCCCAACGUCUGCAAGGUGUGCGGGAAGGGUUUCGUGAAGAAGUGCAACCUGAAACUGCACGAGCGCGUGCACUCCGGGGAGAAGCCGCACGUGUGCUCGCACUGCGGGAAGGCGUUCUCGCAGCGAUCCACCCUCGUCAUACACGAAAGAUACCACAGCGGCGCGCGGCCGUACGCGUGCUCGCUGUGCGGGCGCGGGUUCGUGGCGCGCGGCCUGCUCACCAUGCACCUCAAGACGGCCUGCGUCGACGUGCCGCGAGCGCGCCCGCCGCCGCCGCGCCCGCCCAAAUUAAGUUCGCGUUGAAAGGCGUGGCGUUAGGAUAAUACUGUCGACUGCUAUUAAUUAUGUAUAAACCAACAAGUUGGAUUGUUUUUAAUUACAAAUGCUAUUUCUUUGAAGAAUAAUACAAAUACUUUCUAUAUAUAAUGUUGGUACGUCUGAAGAGAACGCGUUCCUACUGAACGAUCACUCCGAUAGAAGUAUUAGUCGAACAGUAGAGAUGAGGGUCCUCCUGACUGGCCUAGGCCAGUCUGGGUACGGGCCUCGGGGUUGCCCCCCCUACCCGGGCUGCUCCUCCCCGACGGUUCAUCCGUCGUGUCGCUAUAUUUUGGCCCAGAGGGCCAGGGUCGUCAUGACCCAGUGGCUGCUUGUCCUAUAUGGUUUUUCAUCGUUUACGGGUGUUAUCGUCCUACCGUGUCUCCAGAUCGUCGUCGUCCUCUUCAUCGAUGCCCGCAUCGGAGGAAAUGGUCGGCGACAGUAGGAGCUCACGAGGUAACGGACGCCCCUCAGGUGGUCUGGCAUGAAGCGGUGCUAUACCGUGGAGGUGCACGCUCGCACUGCUAUCCGUCUUUGCGAAUAGCGAGCGGGCGAGCUUGCGGACGAACUCCUCCACGGUGGGCGUCCUGGUGUCUCGGUGAAUGACGUCAUUCCUGACGUACCUCGGAGCUCCUACAAUCAAACGCAGGCAUCGGUUCUGUUGGAUCUGAAUCCUCCGCUUCUGGUACGCUGAGCAGAGUGCGCACCGUAGACCCUCAGUCUGGUCUUCAUAGGAAGCCGCGAAGUGAAGAGGGUGUACAACUUAGACCGGGCAGCCGCGGCAUGACUCACCACCUUGUUAACGGUGGGUAUCAUGCGCAGCCUGCGGUCCAAGUGACACCCCAAGUAGCAGACUGAGGUCUGCCACUCCACGUCCUGGCCUCGGAAGAUGAGCCGACGCAUCGGCUUGUCAGCACCGACAAGCAGAGCGGCCGUCUUACCAACGUUGACAGCCAUCCUCCACUUGUCUAGCCAAUCCGGUAUCAGAUCCAACCACACACGCUGCAUACUGUUAAUAGCGACGAUCUAGUGGUAGGACGACGAGAAAUAUGCGCUGUCGUCCGCGUACAGGGCCAGCAUCACGUCCUCUUCACCGUCUCGCAGAUGGUCGCGGAGGGUGGGGAUGUCGUCCGUGUACACCGCGUAUAAACGCGGCGACAGACAGCUACCCUGGGGUACUCCGGCUCGAAUGGGGCGCGGUUGGGAAUCCGCGCCUUCCACCGAGACAUAAAAGCUUCGGCCUUCCAGAAACGACGCCACAACUCGCACAUACGUGAGAGGCGCCAAAAAAAGUCGAACAGUAUAUUUGUUUUGCUGAUAAGUAUGCUAGGGCUCGAUAGAUGGCGCUGUAUUUGGGUUAUCGAUGAUAUCUCUGAAUAUAUUAAUAUGGAUACAAUAUUCACAAUGUAUCUUGGUUUAUUGCCAACAUUUUUUUUUCCAGCCUUUUGCCGUCCACUGCUGAUGCUCCCCCAUAGAACGUCAACCAUCCCGAUCUAGGGGCAGUCCGCAUCCAUCCCGUACCUGCCACCUUUUUUAAAUCGUCGGUCCAUCUUGUCACAGGGCGUCCUACACUACGUUUGCCUAAGCGUGGUCUCCACUCUAACACGUGUCGGCUCCAACGACCAUCAAUGCGCCUGGAGGCAUGAUCAGCCUGACCUUCCACUUCAGCGAGCUAAUUUUACGCGCGAUGUCGGUGACUUUAGUUCUCUGGCGAAUGUCCUUAUUGCGGAUUCUAUCUGCCAGAGAAACCCGAAGCAUCGCGCGUUCCAUUGCUCGCUGAGCGACCUUAAAUUUGUGGACUAGUCCGUAAGUAAGUGUCCACGUUUCGGCACCGUAAGUCAUUACAGGUAGGACGCACUGAUUGAAGACCCUGGUCUUAAGCGACUGGAUCGACGAUUCAAAAAUAUGACGUAACCUCCCGAAUGCCGCCCAGCCCAAACGUACUCU